UCUGCUUCUGAAAGGGCAAAAUAUAACGCUACCGAGAGGUACAUUAGAGUAUUAUUCUCGCGUUCGGCAGUGACACGCUGUGAUCGCAGCAAUGGUCCAGUCCUGCUCUGCAUACGGAUGCAAAAACAGAUAUCAUAAAGACAAAAACAUUUCUUUUCACAAAUUCCCACUCGCGCGUCCAGAUGUGUGUGGAAAAUGGGUUGCAGCGAUGAGGCGGAACAACUUCAAACCAACAAAGUACAGCAAUAUCUGCUCUCAGCAUUUCACAAAAGACUGCUUCAAACGAGAGUGCAACAACCGAGUACUGAAGGAAAAUGCAGUACCUUCACUCUUCUGUUUCAACAGAUUACAUAAAAAGGAGGAGUCCUCGGAGGACGCGGAUGUGGACUUCUCGCUGGCGCUCCCCCUCCCCGACUCCGAGCAGACGCAGGCGCAGGCGCAGGCGCAGGCGCUGCAGCUGCCUAAGCCAGAGCUGUCGCAUUCCCAGCCGCAGCCAGCCACCGUAGCGGCGGCGAGCUCCGACCUCCCGCCCAGCGCAUCCAUCUCCUGCGACCACAACUACACGGUGGAAGACACGGUGCAGCAGCGGAAGCGCGUGGAGCAGCUGGAGGAGCAGGUGGAGAAGCUGCGCAAGAAGCUGAAGACGGUGCAGCAGAAGUGCCGGCGCCAGGAGCGGCAGCUGGAGAAGCUGAGGGCCAUGGGGGAGCUCCACAAGGCCGGCAAGGACCCCGCCUCCCCGGGGGAGAGCUACGUCAUCCUGCCCAAAGAGCUCUACGAUGUCCUCAAAGGGAUCGAUUCCAUCGGCGGCUUGUGACAGACCUGCCGCAGCGUGGCAGGACUGUGGUUCUCAGUUAGUUUCGUUUGCUCAGAUUCAUCGUGGCUUUGCGUUUCCCUCCUGGGGUUCUCUAAAAGUCUGUUUUAAGUGUCUGUCCUUCCAAAGUCCCCUGCUUUAAGUUGUUAAUCAUGUAUCAGACACUUGAGUCAGUUUUCCUUUUGUACUGAUGUGAAUGGGAUAUUUUAGUUUUGUCUCACACUUCCAUGUCAGAUUGUGUCGCAAUGGGGGCAGGAAUCCUUUGGAGAUAAUUGAGGCUUCGUAGAGGAAAUUGUGGUAAAGAUCUGUCUAUUUUUUUGGCAGCAAAGGAACUACUUUCACCCAAUAAUGUGAAUUGCAGUGAGUACAGUACAGAUAUUUCAAGUGCUGUAUGUUAGCAUAUUUACAGUAUUCAGGUAUUCUGCAAAGAUAAAUUAUACCUGUGUCUCUUCACAGUCCUGCAAGGCUGUACUUGAGAGUUUUACCAAUUUUAAUAGAAACUACAAAUGGACGUAUCCCGUGGUAAUUUUAGCAGAGUGAAUUUAUAGUUUGAUACAGCAUUAACCAUGCUAAAUGACCACAUAUAAGGAUUAUUUAUGUGUGUAUUGAUUAGCGAUAAGAAACGUAUCAACUUGUAGACCGUUGAUGGCAUUUCCCUGUAAGGCCAGAGUGGAACUGUAGUGAUGAGUGCAGAUGAUAUUUUUGUGAUUACACUUCGGCGUUAUCAGUCUGCAAAGCACAUGUUGGAAUCCUGUAACACAGACACUUCUUCAGGUGAGGUCAGUGCCUCCUAGCUUCUGAAUAGGAGUAAAAGGUAACUUGUCAUUCACACUAUACUAGUUUUUCUGAGGUCCCUGAUUUUUCCAGCACCUUGGUAAGUCGCUGUCGCUGACUUUGAGCAGAAUCUUGUCGGAAAAGUGCUGAGUUACUUCAGCUUAGUGUUAGAUCCAUCAGAGCACUGUGAACCUCGCUUGCAUUAUUUAAUCUCGAAACUGAAUCCAGUUGGAUGUCUUGCAUCCCAAUGGCAGGCUAGCACUUUAGUACUUGAGUGUAGUCGCUUUGCUAGCUUAACGGGAGGAAAGAAAGCUGUAAAAGAAGCGCACGCAGCACAGCAGGGUACCGCUCAGAAAGUCUCAUAAGGGGUAUCAGCAGUGUAGCAUGAAGGUAUGAAGUUAGCUGUGGAAUCACAGUUGUGACACCAUUGAAAUUUGAAAGCAAUUUAAUACUAAGUGUUAGGGAUUGAAAACACAAAGUACAUUCCUGGGAUGUUAUGAUGAAAGCAGUUUGUUGAUACCCCUGUCCCUUCCUUAAGGAGCACCCAUUUAGAUACAGUGUGAACCUCAGACAACUAGCUCAUUUUGAAUGACUCUUAAUGGUCAGAUCAUAUUAGAACAUUGAGCUGUUAUUGGAAGUUACUGAUUUAUACAGAUAUUUGGCAUUAUAUUGUUUUUGUUUACCAUCAGGUCCAGAUCAGAUAUGUCUUUAAGCUGGUGGCUCGCACUCAUUUGAAGAACGCCGAAAACACAGAAUAAUAUAAACUGAAAUAUUGGAUAUGGAUUAUAAGUAUUAGGAAUAAUUAAAACUGACAAAUACAGUUGACAUUAUGGAGGGCUGUCCAGAAUAUGGGAUUCAGGAGCCUUGCAAUUUCAGGUGGUUGAGCUGCACUUGAAUUUUCCUGACCUCCUCUUUCAGUUCUGCAGGACAUUAAGUUUGUACUUGUUAGUGACUGUUGCUCCCUUCAAAGUCAGACCUGUCAACGAUCACCAUGGUUGAACACCCCACUAACAUACAUGGGCACCAGCUAAUGAUUUUGUUUAGCUGGAUAGUUGGACUCCUGAGGUAUCAAAGAGGAACCAGUGAUGUAGUUAUUUUAUAUCAGAGUCUUUUCCUAAUAUUUACACAUAAAUAA